ACAGCAGCCGUCAGUCUCCUGUUAGCUUGUGUUAGCUUGUGUUAGCGCUGUCAGCUCUGUCAGUUCAUCUUCAGCCUCCAUAAUAAUCUCUCUGAGUCUGAGUCUGAGGCUGAGUCUGAGUCUGGAUCUGGAUCUGGAUCUGGAUCGGAGUGAGCCGGAUCAAAAUGAAAUGAGUCCACUCAUACUCCGGGACCUGCUAGCUGCUAGCCUCCGUUAGCCUCGUCUUCGGAGCCUGCUAACGGUGCUAACAGUGCUUAAACCUAGCUGUGUCGUUUCAGAGUCUGUUUAUUUGUUUGUUGUGAUGAAAACAUCGAGGACGAGACGUUAGCAUGGACACACACCUACGGAGUCAGUAACAGUUUCAGGUCUCUGUGAAGCUCAGUCCACGUCAGACCCCCCCAGAGUGAUCCAGACUCUGUAGACCUUCAUUUGAUCUGGGGUCAGUUUGACCUUGACUCUGAAGCGAUUGAGGCAGCCAUGCUGACCUAGGACCAGGACCAGGACCAGGACCAGGACCUGUGAGUUUGUGCAGCGUGAGCAGAGUAAUCCAGAUCCAGAGACCAUGUCUGAGAACCAGGCCAACAACAACAACAACGUCCCUGUAAACAACAACAACAUGGGACCCAACAGAAUCCGAAACCCCAACAUGAACCAGAACCCCCUCAUCAAUGUCCGAGAUCGCCUCUUCCAUGCCCUCUUCUUCAAGAUGGCUGUCACAUAUGCCCGACUUUUCCCGCCAUCCUUCAGGAGAGUCUUCGAGUUCUUCGUCUUGCUCAAGGCGCUCUUCGUCCUCUUCAUCCUCGCCUACAUCCACAUCGCCUUCUCUCGCUCGCCCAUCAACUGUCUGGAGGCGGUGAGGGAGCGCUGGCCCCGUGACGGCAUCCUGCGGGUGGAGAUCCAGAGGAACUCCAGCAGGGCCCCGGUCUUCCUGCAGUACUACGAUUCAGCAGCCCUCCAGGAGGAGCUGGAGGCAGAGGAGGGAGGAGGAGGAGGAGGAGGAGGAGGGGUGGGGCUCAGUCUGGCAGCGCUGCAGGAGGAAGAGGAGGAAGAAGAGGAGAUGACUCUGGAGAUGUUUGAUAACAGCUCAGUGCAGUUUGAGCUGGACAUGGAGCCUCGUCUGAAGCCCUCUUUGGUCGGAGGUGGAGCAAGAGGAGGCGGAGCAGCAGCAGGAGGAGGAGGAGUCAACGACAGCCAGGACGUCUCCUUUGCCCAGACCACUAAAGGUACGCAGCUGCUGAAGGAGUCAGUGUCUGAACUGGAGAUGAUGACCAGAGCAGUGUGGCCUCAGGAGGAAUACAUCGUAGAGUAUUCUCUGGAGUAUGGCUUUCUCCGUUUGUCUCAGAGUACCAGGCAGAGACUCAACAUCCCCGUCAUGGUCGUAACUCUGGAUCCCAUGAAGGACGAGUGUUUCGGUGACGGCUUCAGUCGUUUCUUGCUUGAUGAGUUCCUGGGCUACGAUGACAUCCUGAUGUCCAGUGUGAAGGCUCUUGCUGAGAACGAGGAGAACAAAGGGUUCCUGAGGAACGUGGUCUCUGGAGAACAUUACCGCUUCGUCAGCAUGUGGAUGGCCAGAACCUCCUACCUGGCCGCCUUCGUCAUCAUGGUCAUAUUUACUCUCUCUGUGUCGAUGCUGCUCAGAUACUCUCACCACCAGAUCUUUGUCUUCAUCGUGGAUCUGCUUCAGAUGUUGGAGAUGAACAUGACCAUCGCCUUCCCAGCAGCCCCUCUGCUCACCGUCAUCCUGGCCCUCGUCGGUAUGGAGGCCAUCAUGUCGGAGUUCUUCAAUGACACGACCACAGCUUUCUACAUCAUCCUCAUCGUCUGGUUGGCCGAUCAGUACGACGCCAUCUGCUGCCACACCAACACCAGCAAACGUCACUGGCUGAGGUUCUUCUAUCUCUACCACUUCGCCUUCUACGCCUAUCACUACCGCUUCAAUGGCCAGUACAGCAGCCUGGCCCUGGUCACCUCCUGGCUCUUCAUCCAGCACUCCAUGAUCUACUUUUUCCACCACUACGAGCUUCCCGCUAUCCUGCAGCAGAUCCGGAUCCAGGAGAUGCUGCUGCAGAACCAGCAGGCGGGUCAGGCCAACCAGACGGCCCUGCAGGACAACCUGAACAACAACCACGCUGCUGCUGCUGCCGCUGCCGCUGCCGGUCCUAGACCCACCGACACCCCCCAACCCGGACCCGCCGACACACCCCAGCCUCAGGCUGACCCCCAGCCCUCCUCCUCUCCAGCAGCAGGAGGGGGAGGGGAGGUGAGGUCAGAGUUGAACUGGGUUGCUCAGACGGCUGCCAUCAUCGCUGAGUCUCUGUCCUCCUCUGCCCAGCGCCUCCCCGACUCCAUCGAGCCCCUCCCCGUCAGCGGGGCAGGCGCAGCUGGAGGUCAGGGGUCAGCAGGAGCAGGAGAAAUCAGCGUGGUGGCUGAGUUCUGGAUGGGAGGAGGAGGAGGAAGAGGAGGAGCAGGUGGUGGUGGAGGAGGAGGAGGAGGAGGAGGAGGUGAUGAUGAUGAAGAUCCAAAUGUCGUUUCAGUAGAAAUUAAAACUACAGCAGGAGCCGACCCUCCACCCAGCCAUCCAAUCAGAGGGUUGCAGGCGGAGGCGGGGGUCUCGGAGGCGGGGCCUGUGGCUGCAGAGCCCCCACAGACAGACUGCCCCCCCCUACAGAGUCCAGGUACAAACUGGGACUGCAGACCACCACAGCAGCAGACCCCCUCACAGACCCCGUCCUGAGAGUCCAGAUGUAGUCCUGCUGACAUCAUCUCACCUGUCUGACACUGUGCCUCAGUCUGUCAGCUGAUCAGGGUGAUUAAUUAGUGAUCAAGGAGGGGUUUUCAUAUUGAUCCACAUCAGAUCAGGAUCCAGACCUCCAGUUCUGGUCUGACCAGUCACAUUGUAUUUCUAAAUUUAAACAAAUAUCUGAUUCAUUGAUUAGUUCAGUGUUUCCAACCUGAGGGUUGAGACCCUGCAGCAGGUCACAUGAUCGUUAAACUGGUCGUCAUAGAGACAGGGUUUGAUUCUGAAUCCAGUCCAGUCAAGGCCAGUCCAGUUCUUUGAAACCCAGAGAGUGAUAGAAAACAUGAAGCUGGAACCAGGGAAAAAAAUGUUAAUUAUAAAACCAGUUGAACACUCUGUUAAUGAACUAAUUGAUUGAUUGAUUAAUCUCACCUGUCCUCAGGUGAGUUCAUUCGAACACAGCUGCAGCUAAUGAUUAUCAUCUCAUUAACAGGCUCCGCUCAGUCCUCACUUCAAUUAACCUACUGUUUGAUUUCAUUUCAUGUUUAUCAGUUAAUUGAUUAAUUAGUUAAUUGCUUCAUCUGUCGAUAAAACAUGACUUUAUUUAGGGACAUGUGAGCAGAAUAUAAAAUAAGAAAUCUCUUCAGACUCACAUGAACAUGAUUCACAUUGUUUUCAGUUUGUUUUACCUCCAUACCUGUAAACACAAACACAAACACAAACUAGGUCUGACUCCUCUGACUCUCACACCACCCUGCUGCCUCAAACAUUCAAUACAGCACCAAAUGUGGAUAAAUCCGCCGCUGGAAAUAGUCCCCAACAAGGUCAGUUUCCUCCUGUUUGAUAAAAACUUCAGUGAUCAGCUGUAAGUUGUAGAAACCAAUGAGCUGAGAGCCACAGACAGAGAAGGGAAGAGUUUAGAGAUGGACCAACACAUAUAUAAAUAUGGCUGCAGACACUGGCAGUAAAUCUUCAGUUUCCUUUUGAAAUUUAUCAAUGAUUGAGACCUUAGAUCUGUAGGAACCAAUGAGCUGAGAGCCACAGACAGGAGGGAACAUACUGACAGACGGACUAACACAUUUUGUAUUUAUUGAUUAAUAAGAAAUAUAUAAACCAAAUUAAACUGAACUGAAACUGAAAAUCAGCUUCACUGAUUCCCCAGAUAAAAACUGCUGAUCGUUAUUGAUAUGUAUUGAUCAGCCCUGAUUCUGACAGAUUGAAGCACAAACUCUGAACUGUGUUGAUUUUUUGUUUCCACCUGCUUUUAUUUUGAAGAAAAAGACUCUUUUAGAACAGGAAGUUUGUUAUGGAGCAUUUUGGUGGAUCAGGACUUCCUGUCAGAACGGAUGCCUUAUCAAUAAUCCUCCGACUGUCUGUGGACGCUUCAGAGUCAACAGCAGCCGAUCAAGCUGAUUGGUUGUGCAGUAUAACGCAAGCUGUGUCACACCUUCGGCCCCGCCUCCCGGUAGAGUUCCCUGAACUCAUCGCAGUAACUAAGUCCCCUGAACUCAUGGCAGUAACUAAGUCCCCCAAGUCCCCUGAACUCAUCACAGUAACUAAGUCCCCCAAGUCCCCUGAACUCCUCGCAGUGACCUGAGUCCCAAGAAUUCAGUGGCUAACCCGGGGUAAAGUCAAACUUUGUAAUCCUGAGUUUAAAUCCCUGAAAUCAAACCAGGUUAAAUCCGAUCUGGUCCAACUUGGACCAGUUACACGGUCUGAGUUCUUGAUCCUGGACUAGUCAUUAACACCUGAUCAAUAAUGACCUGAACGCACCAUUGCCCAGGUGACCUGUGGUAAACUGGACACAGACGGCUGCCUCAUCAAACCACUGGUCUGCCUGUUGUGAAGGGGGCGGGGCCUGAGGUGUGACUCAGCAUCAGAAACAGACACUGAACCCAGCUGAUGGGCUUUGGAGGUUUUGGGGGAUUGUGAGAGUUUUUCUUCUUUGUGCCUCUGCUGGAUGGCUGUAGCCUCUUUAGUUGAUCUGAAGCCUGAAACUCAUCAAAGUGUAUUUAACUGUCCAGUAAAACCAGUAAAACCAGUGCACAACAGCUGUUCGCACCAA